GAGGGCGCGGGAGGGAGGAAGUCCGAGAGACAGAGAGAGGAGCGCUCCUGAAGGGAGACGUCGGGUUCGUCCCCGGGGUCCCGGCCACAGUCGCAGCUCACGGGCGCUGCCUCCCGGCGUCCGGUCGCUUCGGCUUCUCGGCCUGGGAGGAGGUUGCGCAAGGCGGGGGACCGAGCCUCGGGAAAGGGAUGCGCCGGGCGUUGCCUCCUGCCCGCCGCCGCCGCCGCCGCCAGAAGCCCCAGAAGAGCUGAGGGAGGCGACGCCGAAGCACUGGCCCGGAGUGGCCACGGCUGCAGCCCGGGCGGCGGGCUAGGGCGCUCGCCCGGCUUCUGGGCCGACCCCGUUCCGGUGCCUCCGCUCCCGGCCCGGGGCCCGCCCCCCAGGCCGGGCCUCGCUCCCGGGUCCCAGAUGACCUCCGAGGGCGGGCCGCCGCCGCCCCCGCCGCGCCCGCCGCCGGCCCCGCUCCGCCGCGCGUGCAGCCCGGCCCCCGGCGCACUCCAGGCCGCCUUGAUGAGCCCGCCGCCCCCCGCCGCAGCCGCCGCAGCCGCCGCCCUGGAGACCACCUCGUCGUCGUCGUCGUCGUCCUCCGCCUCCUGUGCCUCGUCCUCAGCCAACUCGGCCAGCGCCUCCUCGGCCGCCUGCAAGAGCUCGGCCGGCAGCAGCGGAUCAGGCGCCGGGAGCGGAGGCGCCAAGAAAGCGAACUCGGGGCUACGGCGACCAGAGAAGCCGCCCUAUUCUUACAUCGCGCUCAUCGUCAUGGCCAUCCAGAGCUCCCCCAGCAAGCGUCUGACGCUCAGCGAGAUCUACCAGUUCCUGCAGGCGCGCUUCCCCUUCUUCCGCGGCGCCUACCAGGGCUGGAAGAACUCGGUGCGCCACAACCUCUCUCUCAACGAGUGCUUCAUCAAGCUGCCUAAGGGCCUCGGACGGCCGGGCAAGGGCCACUACUGGACUAUCGAUCCGGCCAGCGAGUUCAUGUUCGAGGAGGGCUCUUUCCGCCGCCGGCCGCGCGGAUUCAGGCGGAAGUGCCAGGCGCUCAAGCCCAUGUACCAUCGCGUGGUGAGCGGCUUGGGCUUCGGGGCCUCGCUGCUGCCCCAGGGCUUCGACUUCCAGGCGCCCCCCUCGGCGCCGCUUGGCUGUCACGGCCAAGGCGGCUACGGUGGCCUCGACAUGAUGCCUGCAGGCUAUGAUGCCGGCGCAGGAGCCCCGGGCCACGCGCACCCACACCACCACCAUCACCACCACGUCCCGCACAUGUCGCCCAACCCCGGCUCCACCUACAUGGCCAGCUGCCCGGUGCCCGCGGGUCCCGGAGGCGUCGGUGCGGCCGGGGGUGGUGGCGGUGGCGGCGGGGACUAUGGGCCGGACAGCAGCAGCAGCCCAGUACCUUCAUCCCCAGCCAUGGCGAGUGCCAUCGAGUGCCACUCGCCCUACACGAGUCCUGCGGCGCAUUGGAGCUCGCCUGGCGCCUCGCCUUACCUCAAGCAGCCGCCCGCCCUGACGCCAAGUAGCAACCCCGCGGCCUCUGCAGGCCUGCACUCCAGCAUGUCCUCUUACUCGCUGGAGCAGAGCUACUUGCACCAGAAUGCCCGCGAGGACCUCUCAGUGGGACUGCCUCGUUACCAGCAUCACGCAACUCCAGUGUGUGACAGAAAAGAUUUCGUCCUCAAUUUCAAUGGCAUUUCUUCUUUCCAUCCUUCUGCAAGUGGGUCUUAUUAUCACCAUCACCAUCAGAGCGUGUGUCAGGAUAUUAAGCCCUGUGUCAUGUGAAUGGACAAAGGCCACACAAAGGCCCUCUCUCCUCUCUUUUCGUCUUCCCCUAAGAGGCAGAUAGGAACUGCGGAGGACUCACAAUGUGCAUGCGGAUAGCAGUAAGUAGCACUCUGUCACUUAGCCUGAAUGCCCAGGAGAGCCUCGUUUGCUGAUUUUUCCCUAUCGUUGGAAGAGGGAAACCCUUGGCAAGAUAAUGCACCAGAUGAGGGAGAGCCUGGACUGAGGGAUAGUAACAAGUUACCACGUGUAAAACAUAAACUUAUAACUCUGGGAUGGCCAUUGCCUUAGUAAUCAGGGUCUGAAAAAAAGCAGACAAGUUGUGUGUAUGUGUGUGUUUUUCUUGGUCUAUGAAAACUUGUGUGCUUUUCAAAAAGGCAGUGCUAAGCACAAGAUUUCAAGAAAGCCUCAUCUUGUUGCCUAGCUAGUUAGGAGACUUCUGUUUCCCCCAAACACUAGGUUUGUAUACAGGUGCCAAAGAACAUUAUGAAGAAAUGAUUUAGAACCAACACAUCUAUUUUAAGGAAACGGUUCUCAGUAUUGUGACAAUACAACAUUUUUACAAGGUUGUUUUCUACCACCAUAUUUUAGAGAUAUUUUUAUGAUCUUCGUGUAUACUCACACUUUGCUUGUAUUUUAAAAGGAGGAUAUAUUUGCACUUAUGUAUACUUUUACAGUUUGCCAGAAGUAUUUUGAUGUAAAAUUUUUUUUCAAUAAAAUGUAUAUGACAAGUAGUUGUUUUAGGGAUCUGUUUCCUCUACAGGCACCCUGCUAUGGAUGGAUCAAUGGCCAGAUUUCUCCUCGCCCCCAACACACAACCCCCAUCCAGCACUGCAACUCUACCCUGCCCACCCCCACAUUGUAUAAUUGACGUGGUGUGGGGUCUGUGCCUUGAGGAACGCAGGCCAGGUUGCGAUUGUGGGUCUUCUCAGGAAAGAAAGAAAAGAGGGAAUGCUUUCUGUUAUACCUUCCUCUACUUCACCCUCACUUUUUCUGGCUAAACAAAAAACAGAAGGUGAAAAGAACUUAAAUGAAAACCAGGAAAGAUAAUGAAAGACAACAGUCUGAUUUGAGAAAACCAAUUCCGUGUCCCUUUUGUUUUCUUUCCUGUGCCGCAAAAGAAUUCUGUACUUUGCUCUUUCCCCUUCCUUACUAGAUCAGGGUGACAGAUGUGGGGGCAGAGUGGUAAGCCAUCACCUAGCACCUUACCAGCCCAUUAAGGGCAAGGUGCCCAAAGGACAGAACCUACUUUUCUUUGGCAGGUUGCAGUUUUACUAUGGGUGGUGACAGACCUGAAGAUUUCCUAGGGAAGGCUGCUGAGGGUUAGUGAAGGGAAUUCCCGCUAUGGGGCAGGGCAUUAAACUGAG